GAUUAACUUCAUUGCGCGCUUUGCGAAUAGAUAAUGAUUCAGAGUGAUGCUAUUGAUUAAGGGCGAUGGAUGUAGCGUCGUGAAAUACUACCUGAACAAGCAUAGAGAUUGCCGACCGCAUCGUUGUAGAUUAGUAGGCUGCGACGUUCUACAACGAAAGUGCCGAUACUUCCCACACGGUGUCUAUCUAACUGAUCUAGAUCCCAUGCAUAACCCCCGCAGCAGUGGGAGUUGAGUGUGGUAGAGAGCAUAUAUAUAAUGGUCCAGAAGCCAGUGGCUCGAUGAUGAAAUGGCUGCUGUAUAGGUACAUGACCUAAUUCAUCGAUUAAUCACUUGGCUUUGAUUAACCUCUGAAAUUCAACAUGACACUUGUUAACGAUAUGUUAUCCAAGUUGCCCUCACGUGAAGGAGUGGCUGAGAUUCUGACAGCUCGUAAUGCCCUUCUCAUUCUUUACGGCUGGAUAGUCUACCAGCUCUUACGAGCGGCAUGGAACAUUUCUCCAUUCCAUCCUCUCAGCCGCUUUCCGGGUCCCAGGUUGGCGGCGGCCACGUACUUCCCAGAAUAUUGGCAUGAUUUUGUGAAGUUUGGGCGAUAUACUCAUGAGAUCAAAAGAAUGCACGAGAUAUAUGGCCCACUCGUCCGUAUAAAUCCAGACGAGAUCCACUGUAACGAUUUCAAGUUUGUUGACUUCGUCUAUGCGGCGGGUGGUAGGAAGCGUGAUAAACCACCUCAUCAGUCCAGGGGCUCAGUCUGGGAAGGAUCCGGCUUUAUGACACUGAACCACGACCACCAUCGCCUUCGGCGGUCACCUUUAAUCAAGUUCUUCUCCAAGCCCCAGAUCGCACAGUACGAGUCACAUGUCCGCGGACACGCCCAGCGUCUCUGCGAUAAGAUUAUCGUUGAGGGAGCCAAGCAUGAACCGUUUGAAAUCCAAGACGCAUACAGCUCCUUUACGUCCGACGUCAUAUCAGAAUAUUGCUUCGGCAAGAGUUUCGGCUUCCUGUCGCUGGAGGAUGGGUGGACGCCAAACUUUCGCAAUCCGUUGUACGCGCUUCUGAAGACGUUGUAUCUCUUCCGCUUCUACCCCUUUUUGAAACACAUCUUCCUCGCGCUGCCAUUGUUUCUGAAUUACCUACCCAAGGAUAUGGCCAUACUCAUCAAGACCAUGAGAAUCGACAUCCCCGAACAAAUCGCCCAAGCCAAAACCAACGCAGAAGCCGGGUCCACCGACGAGAAGCUCCCAACAAUCUUUAAGGAACUACUCGACUCGAACCUUCCCGCGUCGGAAAAAGUGCCCUCCCGUCUGCUCGGUGAAGCCCUCACCAUCCUCGGCGGGGGCACCGAGACCGGCAGCUGGACGCUCUCAGUAAUAACCUACUUCCUGCUCUCGCAACCGCAGACCCUCGCCAAGCUCGCAGACGAACUCCACAACGCGAUCCCCGACCCGACGAACCUGCCGCCGUGGGCGGAGCUAGAGCGGCUGCCGUACCUGUACGCGGUAGUGCAGGAGGGGCUGCGGCUCUCGUACGGGGUGUCUUUGCGGACGGCGCGGAUCGCGCGUGAAGAGGAUUUGGUGUAUGAGGGGGAGUGGCGCGGGGAGAAGGUCGAGCAUGUGAUUCCGCGCGGGUAUGCGGUGGGGAUGAGUGCGGUGCUUAUACAUCAUGAUGAGAGCUUGUUCCCGGACUCGUAUAAGUUUAUACCCGAGCGCUGGCUCGAUGCGAAGGGGAGGAGGGAUGGCGAGAUGGAGAGGCGGCAGAUGGCGUUUUCGAAGGGCCCGAGGAUGUGUUUGGGUAUGAACCUUGCGCUCUGCGAGAUGUAUACUAUUACCGCGGCUUUUGCGAUGCGGGUGUUCCCGCAUAUGCGACUGUACGAGACGACUGAGGAUGAUGUUACGUAUGACCACGACCUGUUUGUUACCGCGACGAGAAGGGAUAGUAAGGGGGUAAGGGUGGUCUUUGCGUAAGUAUUUGCGAAAAGGGGAGGAUGUUAGUGACAGAAGCUGUUAAAGAGGGAGUCUCGUCAUCUUAAGGUUUGGUACAUAUACUUCAACCUUAUCCAAUUCAGCAGGUCCUGCUAUAUGAUGAGAUUGAGAUGGUAGUCAAUCUAGUGGUCUUGUCCGAUGAUGGAUCAGAUAAUAAGACAUACUUUUCUUCGAGCAAUCGGUUUUCCUUCCUUGGGACUGGAUUAGCUUAUAUUAGUUUGAAUAACACUUUUAUAGUAACUAGGAAUAGCCUUAGUGCUUCUGAAAUAAGAGCGCAUAUUUAAGUUAUUGUAUUCUCUUUGGCUCGAAUAUGGAAUGUGAUAUGAGUUUGGAUGCUGCAAUUAAGAC